GACACCAGACGCAACAACACAGCAAAGAAGAUUGCCUCCACUUGUUACAGAAGAGCCAAACACACCUACGAUUGCCUCCCUUGUAGCCAUGCGACGAUGUCGUGAACUCGGCCAUUUGAGGAGAUGGUCUUCGAUCGUUGUUCCUAAAUCAGCAGGCAGGACCUACUCCGAGUAUGCUCCGGCCGCACCUUCUCCCAACGACCUGAAGGCUCCCUUGCCCGAGAAGUUUUCUGUGGGGAAGAAUCUGAAGCUCAAGGCCGUGCUGUUCCAGUACGAUCUCCUGGCGGGAUCAAAUCAUGAACGAAAGAGUAUCACCGCGAGCUCAUCCCCAAGCAGCAGAAGUAGCAGCAGCAGCAUCCCAGGUGCACCUGCGUCGCCCUCCACCAGUUUUGACCCCUUGACUCCGUCCGGAGAAAACCUUGUAGACGAAAUUACGGGCGUCCUGGGCAAGGGAAGAGGGGACAGAUUGCAAGAGCUGGGGCGGGCGUUGAUAGCCGACCUGAAGGACAAGAUGGGAGCUUCUGUGACUUCAUCAUCUGCACCGACUCCGCCCGCUAAGCAACAAAGAGAGCAACGACCGAGAGUUUCCCAGGACUCAGAUCCCAAAGCAAAGUACAUGGAGAAGCUGCGGAAGAAAACCGGCGCAGGGAGUAUUUCCGCCAGCCCCGCAGCCACCGCCGGCUCUCAGCCCGGCGGCGAUGCCGACCUCUUCGCAGCGAGAAAUCUCGUUUCAAGCACCGAGGCGGCAAACUUGCAUUCGGCUUGGAUGCUCAGACAAGGCGCGGGGGACCUGCUCACUUACCUGGCGGCUAGGAGCUUGCGCCUUGGCGUGAUAGCGGGGCCGCAAACGAGCCCCCGAGAGUUCGAGAGCUUCGUCAGGCAGCUGCGGCAGCAGUCCAUCCGGGUCACGACCGCCGUUUCGCCGGAGGACUUGGAGUUGGAUGGCGUGGAGGCGGGCGUUGUCAGGGCAAGCAGAGAGCUGGGCAUGGGAGAAGGGAGAAGAGGAGGGGCGGACGUGUUGUUGGUGGGGUCGAGCAACCCUCUCCUGAGCGCCGCUACCGAGGCAAACAUGUUCACCGCGAGGUAUUACCCUCCGAAUAGCCGGCGGGAAGGCGUGAUCCAGACCUUUGUUGUGCGAGAUAUCGACGAGGUGCGAACGGUCGUGGAGCAGGUUAACGGAGUUAGUUAUCGAUCAUAGUAUCUACCGCGGAAACCGACCAAGGGCAGGAUGCAAACAAAUUCCACGGGAAGAAGGACCAGCGCGGAAUUCAACUGGCCGUAACCCGCCUAUGAUGAUAUGACGAGAGCGCGAGUGUACUUGUCACACCAUUUGGCGUGCCGGCACGCCGCUAGUGGAGAUCUCACUGUAGUGCUUGUUUUGUGAGAUCUAGUGAACUGUCGGUCGGAGCCCGAUGGCCAUCGACGAAUAGCACAUCCUGGUGGUGCUGGCGGUCAUGAAGCACGGAAAGGCACCAGUAGUAGACACGCGUUGGAGGGACGUUUUUGUGGCAUCUUCUUGUUCAAAAUGGGUGGUGGGCAAUCGGGGGUUG